AUUCCACAUCUCAUCCUUUUCUCUUUUCCUUUGCUUUCUUUCUCUAACACUCUCUCUUUGUUUGAUGUGAUUCAUUUCUCCCCCAUUAUUAGUUGCCUUUACAAAAGGAAAAUAAAUUAAUCAAGGAUCGAAACCAUGGUUUUUACUUCAAUCCCUGCUUAUCUUGAUCCACCCAACUGGCAACGACAUCCAAAUCAUCAAGCUGGUUCUGGUGGCAGUGCAAGCACCCAACACCUUCCUCCUUCUCCUCAACCGCCGCCACUUCCACAACCACAUGGAGGAGGUGGAGGAGCAGGCUCGAUCCGGCCAGGUUCUAUGGCGGAUCGAGCUCGUAUGGCCAACAUACCGUCGCCGGAGGUGGCACUAAAGUGCCCAAGAUGUGAAUCAACCAACACAAAGUUCUGCUACUUCAACAACUACAGCCUUACACAGCCUCGUCACUUCUGCAAAGCUUGUAGAAGGUACUGGACCCGAGGGGGUGCCCUAAGGAAUGUUCCGGUGGGAGGCGGAUACCGUAGGAACAAAAGAAGCAAAGGGAAUCAACCGAAAUCUCCGGUGAGCGGCGACCGUCAAACGGCUUCUGGUUCCUCGAAUACUACGAUUUCAUCAAACAGAUGUGGAAGACCUGAUAUUUUAGGCCUCGGAGUUGGACCUCAGUCUCCUCCACUUAGGUUCAUGACUCCCUUACAUCAUCUUAAUGAAUUUGGUGGCACUGAUACGGGGUUGAAUUACGGUUCGAUUUCGGCUCCACUCGGAGGAACAAACGAUCCCUUAAGUUUUCAAAUAGGAAGUGCUUUAGGUGGAGCCGGUGGGGAUGGCGGCAACGGUGGUGGUGCUGGUACUUCACUUUUGACCAUGAGUGGCUUGGACCAGUGGCGGCUACAACAACCGCCGCCGCCGCUACAAUUCCCCUUCUUUGGAGGCUUGGAACCUUCGUACCAAUUUGAAAGUGGAGAGGUUGAAGCAUCGGGAUAUGGUGUUGGUCAUCAGGUUCGACCUAAGAUACCAAGCUCGUCAACGGCAACCCAAAUGGUUUCAGUGAAAAUGGAAGAAAAUAAUAAUAGUCGGCCUUUUUUGGGGGUUCAAGGGAAUGAUCAAUACUGGGGUGGAACUCAAUGGACGGGUCUUUCGAGUUUCAGUUCAUUAUCCACAAGCAAUGCUUUGUAGAUUUGGGGUUUUCUCUUUUACUCUCUCUCUCUCUCUUGUUUAAAGAACUGGGUGUUGAAGCUUCUUUUGUUUUUGUUAAUGUUAGCUUCAUUAACAG